GACCGAGCGAAUGAACGUUUACUCUGAUGAAAUAUUCCCACUGCGUUUCUUUUCCAUUGAAGUUAACCUGAGCGACAAUGUCUAUUAAACUACUAUCUGUAAACAACACCGUCUUCAAAUGCUUGAAAACUCUUUCGUCACGAGGGUUCAGCACCGGGGCUGCUUCCCUCGGCUCGGUUCACUUAAAGGGUCGCAGCUGUCUCACUCUGAAAGACUUCAGCUCAGAUGAAAUCAAAAGGCUCUUGUGGGUGUCAGGGGAUCUAAAACAUCGGAUCAAGCAUGAGAAACAGUAUCUCCCUCUUCUGCAGGGAAAGUCGAUUGCUAUGAUAUUUGAGAAGAGGAGCACCAGGACAAGAAUUUCCACAGAAACAGGUAUGGCUUUGCUGGGUGGACACCCCUGUUUCCUCACUUCUCAGGACAUCCACCUUGGAGUGAAUGAGAGUAGCACAGACACAGCAAGAGUUCUCUCAGGGCUCUGCGAUAUUGUCUUGGCCCGAGUGUACAGCCACUCCACCCUGGAGGAUCUGGAAAAGGAGGCCUCCAUCCCCAUUAUUAACGGCUUGUCUGACCUCUACCACCCGAUCCAGAUCCUGGCUGACUUCCUCACCUUAAAGGAGCAUUAUGGUUCCCUUAGUGGUUUAACAGUGAGCUGGAUUGGAGAUGGGAACAACGUCCUCCACUCCUUCAUGAUGACUGCAGCUAAAUUGGGAGUUCAUCUUAAGAUUGCUACACCAAAGGGGUAUGAGCCAGAAAGGAGUGUUAUUGAAGAGGCACAAAGACUCUCCAAAGAACACGGGACCCAGCUUGUUCUGACCUCCGACCCGAUGGAGGCUGCCCUCGGCAGCAAUGUGUUGGUCACUGACACCUGGGUGAGCAUGGGACAGGAGGAGGAAAAGAAAAAGAGGCUCAAAGACUUUAAAGGUUACCAGAUCACAAUGCAGACGGGAAGUGUGGCUGAACCAAACUGGACCUUCCUACAUUGUCUCCCCCGCAAAAUGGAGGAGGUGGACGACCAGGUGUUCUACUCGUCCCGCUCCCUCGUCUUCUCUGAGGCAGAGAAUAGAAAGUGGACGAUCAUGGGUCUGAUGGUGUCUCUUCUGACUGACUACGUUCCACAGAACCCCAUGCUUAAGUUUUAACUUUAAUAUAAGGUGGACUUCAUGAAGUGUGAAAAGUCCUAUUUCAGGUGCCUCUGAAUAGUUCACUAUCUGGUUCACUAUCUGGCACAGCAUUGGGUGGGUUACCCGAGAGUAACUGUGUUUACAUAGUUUAAUGCUUUGGAGCAUGUGUGGCAUUGUUUACCUUUCCUCUCUGUUUCAAAGAUGGAUGUUUACAUUCUACUUUUACUGUGAUAAAAAUGGGGAUUGGGACUUAUUGGGGAAAAAGUUUGACAUUGUCAAAUCGGAAGACUAAGAUAAUUAAUUUGUAAAUAAGUACAAAUUGUCUUGCAUCAUUGCAGUAUGGACAACACAUAUUUCAUACCAAUCACAGUUAGGUUCAAAUUGUAUGGUGUGGGUAUCCUGGUGACCUAAUUGUCUCGAAGAUUUAUAACCACAAAAUCUACGGUUUUCAUUCAAAAACCUCUCUCUUCCAUCCAUGUCACUCGUCUGUUUCUCUGAUCUACCAAAAGCAAAAUGGCAAAAACAUUUUCUUUAUUAUUCGGUGUACCAAUUGUUUUUUAAACGGCAAUAGAGUAUUACUAUUUACUAAGGUCAAAAAACAUUUUAGGAAAUGGACACAACAAAAGCAAGUGAACUUGUGUUGCAAUACUACAAUACACCCGAAUGGUUAAAUGUCAUUUCCUUUUCUCAAAGUCUGAAUGUAUAAAAACUAUUAAUAAAUACAUUACAACUAUUUUAAUUAUUAAGUAUGUUCAUUAAAAAAUACAGGUUCGUUGAGCAGAAAACAAACAAUAUGACAUGGAAAAGAUGUGAUCUCUGUGAUAAUUAUACAUGAACAAUAAAUGUCAACGUCUA